AUGUCAUACACAUGGGGUUCUCUGUUCACUGGUUCUAAGAUCUUGUUCUAUAUACUAUUUUGGGGUUCCCAUAUUCUUGUGUUUGCACUUGGAUGGUAUUUCCAAGCAAAUAAUUCAAGAUUGGAUGCCCUCAAUGCCCUGAAAUAUUCCGUCUGGAUUUCAAGGGGUGCAGGCUUAGUAUUGACAUUCGAUGGAACCCUGAUUCUGUUGCCAAUGUGCAGGAACAUUGUCAAAACUCUCAGGCCUAGAAUCCGAUGGCUACCACUCGAUGAAUCAAUAUGGUUCCACCGCCAAGUCAGCUAUGCUCUGCUUAUCUUUACUAUCCUUCAUGUUGCCGCUCACUAUGUCAACUUUUACAAUGUCGAGAAAGACAACAUUCGACCCGUUACAGCCGUACAAAUACAUUUCACUGAAGCAGGGGGGAUCACAGGUCAUGUAAUGCUCCUUUGCAUGAUGCUAAUGUAUACUACGGCUCAUCAUAGGAUCCGCCAGCAGUCGUUCGAGACCUUCUGGUACACUCAUCACUUAUUCGUGCCUUUUAUGUUAGCCCUCUACACUCACGCUACGGGUUGUUUCGUUCGCGACUCUACAGACCCAUACUCACCCUUCGCGGGUAAAGACUUCUGGAACCACUGUAUCGGAUAUGAAGGAUGGAGGUGGGAGCUAGUAGCAGGUGGUCUUUACCUCCUCGAAAGGCUCUAUCGUGAAAUUCGAGCUCGGCGUGGAACGGUAAUAACAAAGGUGAUCCGCCAUCCAUACGACGCCAUGGAAAUCCAAUUUCAAAAGGAGAGUAUGAGGUAUAAGGCUGGCCAAUGGCUUUUCAUCCAAGUCCCUGAGGUGUCCAGCAACCAAUGGCACCCCUUCACCAUCACCUCCUGCCCGUUUGACCCGUACAUCAGCAUCCACGUCCGCCAAGUGGGAGACUUCACACGAGCCCUCGGCGACGCACUUGGAUGUGGACCAGCACAAGCCAGAGACCUCGAAGGACUCGACCCGCUCGGAAUGUACGAGGUAGCCCUUGAAAACGGACAAAAGAUGCCUCAACUCCGCGUCGACGGGCCCUACGGAGCCCCAGCCGAGGAUGUUUUUGAAAACGAAAUCGCCGUUCUCAUUGGAACCGGCAUCGGCGUUACACCAUGGGCAUCCAUCCUAAAGAACAUCUGGCAUAUGCGCGCUGGACCCAACCCACCCCGUCGUCUUCGUCGUGUCGAGUUCAUCUGGGUCUGCAGAGAUACCUCUUCCUUUGAAUGGUUCCAGGCUCUCUUAUCCUCACUCGAAUCCCAGUCUGCCUACGAGGCAGCGAAUGAAGGACGAGCGGAGUUCUUGCGCAUUCAUACCUACCUCACACAACGUCUAGACGACGACACCGCCGCAAACAUCUACCUCAACUCCGUCGGCCAGGAGGUCGACCCACUUACGGAGCUGAAGAGUCGGACCAAUUUCGGCCGUCCGAACUUCCAGCGUCUCUUCACUGCCAUGCGUGAUGGCCUCCAAGACGGGACAUACAUGCCUGGCUUGUAUGCUGAAUUCUCCACGCAGAUCGGAGUCUACUUCUGUGGACCCAAUGCCGCUGCUAGGCAAAUCAGGGAGGCAGGCGCGUUAUCGGCGACUAAGGAUAUAAAGUUCAAGUUCUGGAAAGAGCACUUCUAA